UGCCGCCGCCACGCUCCUCUGCUACCUCCAGCCGUUCCGUCCCGCGAGAUAUAUGCGUGCGCCGAGGGAGCCGCGCUGAGGGACAUCAGAAAACACAUCCGCAAGUUCGUUGCGGUAAAGACCUCGAGUUAGUUCGGCGGCGCAGUCGUCGCCGUCGGCCACAGAGAAGACGGAGUUUCUCAGGCUUCUUGUUCCUGCAGUCGUGGCUGCCUGAUUCCUGGAAUCAAGCAGAUCGUUACAUCGACAAAGAUGAUGAGCACAACAGCUUUUCAGCGUGGAUAUCCUACCCGGAGGUGUGAGCCCUGGACUCGGCUUACCCACAGAGAGAGAUUACCAGAAUGGUUCGCAUACAAUCCAAGAACCAUGAGACCUUCACCGCUUAGCAACGAUACCAAGUGCAUGAAGAUUCUGUCCUGGAAUGUUAAUGGACUGCAAGCUGUUGUAGAGUCAGGAUUUUCUGCACCUGAAUUGGCUUGCAGGGAGGAUUUUGACGUGUUAUGCCUCCAAGAGACUCACUUGGAGGAGAGGGAUGUUGAGUAUUUUAAGAACCUGAUAGAAGACUAUGAUAGCAGCUAUUGGUCAUGCAGUGUCUCAAGGCUUGGUUAUUCAGGAACUGCAGUAAUUUCGCGGGUGAAACCAAUCUCUGUCCAAUACGGACUUGGCAUACCAGCACAUGAUCAGGAAGGCAGGCUUAUUACUUUGGAGUUUGAUGAUUUUUACUUGGUAAAUGCUUACGUCCCAAAUUCUGGCCGUGGUUUACAAAGACUGAAUUACAGGGUCGAUACCUGGGAUCCAUCCUUUAGCAACUACAUAAAGAAACUGGAAGGUUCCAAACCAGUAAUUGUUGCUGGUGAUCUUAACUGUGCUCGCCAAAGUAUUGACAUUCACAAUCCUCCAGCAAAAACCGAGUCUGCAGGUUUCACAAUUGAAGAGAGGGAAUCAUUUGAGAGAAACUUUUCUAGCAAAGGCCUUAUUGAUACUUUCCGAAAACAACACCCGAAUGCUGUGGCCUACACCUUCUGGGGUGAAAACCAGCGCAUUACCAACAAAGGUUGGAGACUGGAUUACUUUCUUGCAUCAGAGUCUAUUGCCAACAAGGUCCAUGAUUCUUACAUUCUACCAGAUGUAUCGUUCAGCGAUCAUAGUCCAAUUGGCCUUGUACUGAAGCUGUAGACCCUGAUAGGACUCUCAGCGAUGAUAACUGAAGCAUGAAGGCCAAGCUACUUCGAAUCAUCCUCAAUAAAAGGCUUGCAGAAGAUUUGCUUAUCCUGGCUGAAACUAUUCAAAUUCAGGUGGUGAUAGUAGAUGUCGUAUUCACGUUGUGUUCAUGGAAUUAAAGGAUAGCCGAUGUCGUUCUUCAGAUAUCUUGUGAAUACAUUCCGCCAAAAAAAUGUACAUAUCCGCGGCCAUCACUUCGCAAGUUUGCAUCAUGAAUUUACGGUGCUAUA